GCGUUGCGGCGUGCUGCUGGACACAAUGGAUCGAAUUUGGCUCUCCUUCCACACCUUGGCCGUGUUAAUAGUAUGUGUGAGGGCACAGUCCAGUAUCCAGAUGGAUCUAAACAACUUCUGUCGUAACAACCCAAACCUACCUGGCUGUGAGAACUUCAGCCAGGCGCCAUCACUCCCCAGCCCCCAGCUUCUCCCUUCUGGACCUAAUGUUAACAUCCAGCAGCAACAAGACACCUGCAGUGCCUCCAGUCGGAAGUGUCCUCAGCUUCCUGGCACGUUCUGCGUCCCUAGAAGCAUCGAUUGUAGUGCUAUAAGUUCAGGGCAGAAGUGCAGGAUGCCGGCAGGGUUUGGAUACACAUCCAACGUCCUGAUGUGUGGAAAUGGCUCGCCCCCGGGAAUCAGGUGUGUGACAGGUGGUACUGUGCCAAUACUAACCCAGUUGAUCGUACAGUGCCAAGGUGCCAACCAGAUCGACAUCCAACCAGUGACGAACCUGGGAUCGGUGUUAUUACCUGGUGAGGACGGGGGAGCGGGCGUGUACAGGUGCGGUACUUCAGGGUCCUGGGAGCCACUCUUCGGUUCACCUUUCCUCAAUGAGCUGACAAAAUCCUGUACCAACGCAGGUUGUGGCCGUGUGCCUCACCCAGGAAGGAACAUCCACGUCCACCGCCGCUGGUCGUGGGUCCGUGCUCUCAUCUCCCAGGGUGAGGUGAGGUGUACCGCCACUCUCGUCUCCCCCACGGCCGCUAUCACCGCCGCUCACUGCCUCACCAGGUCUCUGGUGUCCCGUCAAGCUCUGGACGUGCGUAACUUCCAGCUUGAACUGCCCGGGCCCGACGAGCUGAAUCCACGCAUCCGAGUUACCCCCCAGUCUCUGCACAUACACCCGCGCUACCUGCCUCAGAUUGGAUAUCAGCAUGACUUGGCAGUGAUCACCUUCAGAGCCUUGGACUAUGCCCUGCCUACUGUGUGUCUCGCCCACAAUCAACUGAUGCCCUCUGAUGCCAACACCCAGGUGGUGUUCAAGCUAGAUCAAAGUCUCGCCAUCUUUGACGUGGUAUCACCCAGCUGGCGGACCUCAGAGGCCAACUGGUUCAACUCGUGUCAAGGUUUGGCGAAUCCUGCCUCCUCCUGCCAGACCCAGCCGGUCGUCAACCCCUCACAGUUCUGCGCCUCUCACCCAGGACUAUCCAUGGUCGCGGGUUCCUCUGGAGGUCCUUACCUGGCGGAGAUUAGCAAGGGCGUGGAGGAGGUGUGGGUCCUAGUGGGGAUCCUCUCUCAGUUUACCAACGAGACCUCCUGCGACCAGAGCCACACUAUCUACACCCAGGUGGCUGACGGCACCAAGUGGGUCAGGAGCUGUGUCUUCGACGGAAAGUGCAACUAAUGGGCGUUGAAUGUGACUCAAAAGUGGAAGGGGCAUGGUGCUCCUGUUCACUUGAUUAACACUUUGUUAUUCAGUCAGUUUCCUGUAGCUUCCUACAGUAAUACAGGUAUAUGUAUACCGUACAUUGUAUGUAGGCUGCGAUUCAAAAUGGAAGAUAUUUAUGUGAGACCUUUCAGCGUAUUUUAAUGUUCUUAGGUUACAAAAGGUCCCUCAGAUAUUUUGUAUAUACAGUACACCAGAAAAACAAAAGUAAAACUGAUCAAGGUUGGUGUAUGGGGAGGCACCCUUCCCGUUCCCGCCUCUCUAAAGAAGUUUGGAAUAAGUCUUUUUAUUUAUGAUUUUAAACAGAUACACAGACGAUACCUGAACCUGAAUUAUCUUAAUGACCACUGGAGGCACUAAAGGAAAAAUGCUUUCCAAACUUAAACUAGUUUGUUUAUUGGACAUCUCAAGCAAUCCGCAAUUUACUUGUCAUUUUUGUAAUGAUAAUGGCGAGGGUUAUAAAUUGCAUGUCUAGUAUUGCAGGAAUCUCUCCCUGAACCUGAUCGGUGUGCACCCGGUUCUGUUUAACAGGCAAUUUCGGUUACCAGGGAACGUUUCCUGAAUCUGAUGAAAUUCUCCUUCAGCUGAUAACUCCUCGACAUUGUGAGUGUAAUUGUGCACUGAAUUGCGACAUAUCUUAAUACAUUUUUUCAUCUGCAGAAAAACUCGCUUUAUUGUAUUGUGGUAAAAUUGUGUAUAACUGGAUUUCUUCAUACUUCGUGUCUUCAAAAUUGUUUUUUGACUAUUUUAAUAUAAAUUGUUUUAUAAAGGUAUCCUAAAAUUGAUGCAUUGUAUCUAAACAGUUGUGAAUAUGGGUAAUCCUAUACUCAAUGGCGACCAUUUUAAAUUUUCACUUAAAAAUGGGUUUGGCCAAAAUCACAUGACUUUCUAUUGGCCUAUUUGGUUUUAAUAAACAAUCAUGGCUGCA